UGAUCGAUCCGUUGAAGCGUUUGUUGCCCUCUUCUCUGAUUCCCUCAAUAAGCCAUGGCUUCUUCUUCUUCUAGUUCUUCCUGGACUUACGACGUGUUCUUGAGUUUUAGAGGCGAAGACACUCGUCGCGGUUUCACUACUCAUCUUUAUAGCGCUCUAACACAGUCAGGAAUCCAUGUUUUUAGGGACGAUGAAGAGCUUGAAAGGGGAGAAGAGAUCUCUACCUCAUUAUUGCAAGCAAUUGAAAUAUCAGAAAUUGCGUUGGUAAUUUUGUCUCAAAAUUUUGCAUCUUCCAGAUGGUGUCUGGAUGAACUGGUGAACAUAAUGGAGUGUCGAAGAUCUGCAGCUCAGGUGGUUGUUCCCAUAUUCUAUCACAUAGAUCCGUCUGAUGUUCGUCAUCAGAGAGGCGCAUAUGGUGAAGCGAUGGAACGACACGAGCAGAGGUUGGGAGGGGGAGGUGAUCGCUCGGUGUUGCGCUGGAGGGAGGCACUCACGGAAAUCGGCAAUCUCUCCGGCUUUGCUACCAGUGCAUUUCGGUAA